UAUGAAAUAGAAGACAAAAGCAGUGUGAAAAGAAGAAGCUGAGUGCUUCACUUUCACUGUCUCUCCUCAUAAGCAGAUUCAUAUAUCACUUUCACUUCUUGCCCAUUCCGAGUUGUCUUGUUUACUUGAUCACAGUCAGCACAAAAUUUCAGAAUUGAUGAUUCUUUUAUUUCUUCUAUUCUGAACACAGAAAAAGGAAAUUUCUUGGCGUAGAACCGUUGAAGUCUGUCCCCUUACUAUACUCAACCCUUCUUCAAUUUUCUUUAUAUUAAUUGUUCUUGUUGGUUCAGUUUGGCCUAUACCACCUGAAAAUUAAAAUGACGAGGCUUUUAAAGGAAAAGGUUCUGUUAUUGUCAUCCAUCUUUAUUCUUUCACUAAUCACUACUCAAGCCUGCAACCAGACAUGCGGUGGCCAACAAUUUCCUUACCCUUUUGGAUUCUCUUCCGAUUGCCCUAUCCAUUUGAAUUGUAGUCCAGAAGGACAAAUUCUUAUCAAUCAGCAAUUUCCUGUUCAAAAGGUAACCCAAGAGAAAAUAAGAAUCAAUCUCGAGCCCAAUUGCAACCGUUCAAUCCAAGCCUUUAAAAGUCUGUUUACUAGAAACUUCGCUCCCAAAUCAACUAACGCAAUUCUAUUACACAACUGCUCCUCCUCCACGCUCUUACCAUGUAAUAUACCUGCCAUGAGCGUGGAGACUCAUUUCGAGUCACUUAAAUGUUCAAAUAAUAGCAAGAUGAGUUGCCUUUUUGAUCUUACUCCAGAUGGUUUCUUUCACCGAAAUGAUACUCAGCUUAACCAGUGCCGGAAUCUUUUAUCAUCGAUAUCAUCGGCGCCUCUUGAAGGUUCUGUGUCUUUGGACGUUCAGAUGAUGGAGCUAGGGUGGUGGCUUCUUGGCGAUUGCCAUUGUUCUGAUCAUGCCGAUUGUAACAGAUUUAAGACUCCUCAUCGAGGACUAAUGGGUUAUCAGUGUCAGUGCAAAGAUGGAUUCGACGGUGAUGGAUAUGCUGCUGGUGCCGGAUGCCGGCAAGCCUCUUGCGGUGUAGUAAAUUAUUUGUCUGGUAAAUGCGGAGGUGCUGCUGGACUUGCCAUUUUGAUCGGAGGAAUCAGUGCAGCAGCAGGUUCUUUAAUGGCUAUGGGUCUGGUAUGCUGUUUCAUCCGAAGACGGUCCACCUCAAAAGCCAAAGGUUUAAGAAAACUCCAGUUAUCUGAAGCUACAGGAAUUGACAUUCCUAUCUAUCACUACAAAGAAAUAGAGAAAGCUACAAAUAGUUUUUCUGAGAAUCAAAGGCUUGGAACUGGAGCUUAUGGAACUGUUUAUGCUGGUAAACUUCAUAAUGAUUUAUGGGUUGCUAUUAAAAGGAUCAAACCUAGAGAUACUGACAGCACUACGCAAGUGUUGAAUGAAAUCAAGCUCAUUUCGUCGGUCAAUCAUCCAAAUUUAGUUAGGCUCUUAGGUUGUUCUAUAGAAAAUGGUGAACAAAUUCUUGUAUACGAAUUCAUGCCUAAUGGGACAUUGUGUCAGCAUUUACAAAGAGAGAAAGGCGAAGGACUUGCCUGGCCAAUUCGUCUCACUAUUGCUACUGAAACUGCUCAAGCUAUAGCUUAUCUUCAUUCUGCUAUUGACCCUCCAAUAUACCAUAGAGAUAUAAAGUCAAGCAACAUUCUUCUAGACUAUAAUUACCGGUCAAAAGUUGCAGAUUUUGGUCUUUCAAGACUAGGCAGGACUGAAAUAUCUCACAUCUCAACCGCUCCGCAAGGCACUCCAGGCUACCUUGACCCUCAAUAUCAUCAGAAUUUUCAUCUUUCAGAUAAAAGCGAUGUUUAUAGUUUCGGGGUAGUUCUUGUCGAGAUAAUAACAGGCUUGAAAGUGGUUGAUUUUAACAGGCCCACAAAUGAUGUGAAUUUAGCUGCUCUUGCAACUGAUAGAAUUGGAAAGGGGAAAUUAGAGGAGAUUAUAGAUCCAUUUCUUGAUGUCCAUAACGAUAACUGGACUCUUUCUUCUGUAUACAAAGUAGCAGAAGUAGCAUUUAGAUGCCUGGCGUUCGAUAGAGACGUGAGGCCUUCAAUGAUAGAAGUUGCAGCUGAAUUAGAUCAAAUAAGGAUAAGUAGAUGGGCGCAGUCAGAGGAAACGAAUUACACAGCUUCAUCAAAUGAAUCUUGCUGCUCUUCUUCAUCCAACAUCAGUGAGAAGGCUUUGAGCUUGACUGAGAAGAAUAAAGAUGAAUUGGAAAGUAGAGGUUUAACUACAGAGGCCAUUAGUGAGAAAGAAUGGGCAAAGGAUAGUUCACCUGUUUCUGUUCAAGAUCUAUGGUUAAGUGAACACAGCUCACCUUCAUCAAGAAGCUUGAUAUAUAAUGCAAUUUAGUGAUUUGAAGUGCUUUUGUUGAUGAUGGUUAAUUAAUUUCAUUUCUCUGUGAAUAUUAUCAACAUCAAUUUUGAGAUUAACAUUUUACAUUUUUAGCA